AUGAUGCCGGUAGCCGGAUUACAAACGGUCUUUCAAAUCAAUACCGCCAACAUGGUCUCGCUUUACAAUGCCUCCAUCCCCAUGAUGCUCAAAUAUCUGGGCAAUCUCAAAGUCAUCCUCACAAAAGCUGAACAGCACUGCAUCGCCAAAGAUCUCAACCAAGAAGAGAUGAUCAAGUUCAGACUCAUCGAGGAUAUGCGAAGCCUCGACUACCAAGUCCAAUCAAUCUCCAACACCGCAAAAUUCCUCGCCACCCGCGUAGCUCGAGCCCCAGACACCUACUUCCCCGACGACGAAACCACCUUCCCCCAACUCCAAUCCCGCGUCGACGCCACCGUCGCCAUCCUCGCCGCCCUCGACCCUGAAACCUCCAUGCCCGCCGGCCGCGAAGACGACGAAAUCCUUAUGGAGACGAAAUCCAUGGGCACCUUCCGCUUCACGGGCUACUCGUACGUGGUCCAGUACGCCUGCCCAAACUUCCACUUCCACCUCGGCUCCGCCUACUGCAUCCUCCGCCAUCUGGGGGUGCCCCUGACGGCCUUUGAUUACCUCGACACGCAGCGGGACUUGUUUGUCAAGGUCGAGGAGAAGAAGCAAGAAGAAGCCUGA